AUGUUCCCUAUGGUGACAUUGAAAAUUGGUGAUCGAUAUCUCUUUUCUUGCCUGAUGCCCCAGUCAGACUCAGAGAGACCUCAUAAAAGGGCAAAGCUAGAUCAAAAGAACCCAAUUGAGAACGAUGGGGAGAAUGACAAUGAUAUUGGCAAACAUGCUAACGAUGGCGAAACCAACAGGUUGUCGCAGGUUCGAAACCUUUACUUCAAUACAAUAAAUAGACAUAAACUUGACUUUGAUUUUGAAAAAAAAUGUCAAGUGACCUUAAGCAAGUCCAAUGUCUACUGUUGCUUGGUAUGUGGCAAAUAUCUUCAAGGUAGGUCACCGACUAGCCAGGCGUACCUUCAUUCAUUGGACGUAAACCAUCAUCUAUUCAUUAGUUUUAGUACGCUCAAAACAUUCGCUUUGCCAGAAGGCUUCGAAGUCAAAGAUCACGAUGGGUCUUUGGAUGACAUCAAAGAGCUAAUAAGUCCAGCAUAUACGAAAGACCAAGUGGCUUCCCUCGAUAAACAAACAACCACUGCAAGAGAUAUUGAUGGUAACCCUUAUAGACCAGGAUUUAUUGGCUUGAAUAAUGUGAAGGGAUUCAAUGAUUACAGCAACACUGUACUCCUUGCGUUGGGCCAUAUAAAAGCUGUUCGUAACUACUAUCUUUUGAAUUCAUUUAAAGAUUCAUUCAACCAGGAACUUGGACUUUUCAUACGUCGAAUGUGGAGUAGCAAGCAAUUCCGCCCACACAUAUCCCCAGCAGAGAUAAUGAGAGUAGUCACAGAAGAGUCGAAAAACCGCUUUAACCUCACACAGCAAAAGACACCAAGAGAUUUUUUCUUGUUCCUCCUUCAUUUGAUGCCUCAUCGUGUGAGGAAAUCGUUUCGGGGUGCUGCUGGCGGCUCUUCAUUCCUAAUGAUCCCUUUGAAACUCCCCAGAACUACAGUUUUCAAUGACGAGACCCCACAAAUUAAUCUACAAACAUUAAUUAACCAGUUUGAAAAGGAUAAGCCCGUUAAAGAAGCACCCAGGGUGCUCUUGUUACAUUUUGACAGAAAUCAACAAGAUAUCCAGUUAGACAGUGUGUCUGGCAGUGCUAUCAACAAUACCAUAAUUAAUUUUCCUCAAGAUUUACAAUUCAAUCAGACAUAUAAACUUGUUGCCAAUAUCGUACAAGAUGUUGUCCCAGGGAGUUCAGGAGAAGACACCAUAGCAUACAAGAUUCAACUUUAUGAUAAAGGACGUGACCAAUGGUUACAGAUCCAUGAUCUAAAGGUUCAAGAAAUAGAAAGAGAGUUGUUGUUUCUUCAUCAAAGCGUUCUUCAGGUUUGGGAAAGAAAAAUAUAA